AUGCCACCAAAAGAAGAUUGGGAAAAAUAUAAGGCGCCUUUGGACGAUGAUGAUAAAAAACCCGAUGAUGACAAGAUCGUACCCUUAACAGAGGGUGACAUUCAAGUACUGAAAUCAUACGGUGCUGCGCCAUACGCAGCCAAACUAAAACAAACUGAAAAUGACUUAAAGGACAUUGAAGCAAGGAUCAAAGAGAAAGCCGGUGUCAAGGAAAGUGAUACAGGGUUGGCACCUUCUCACCUCUGGGAUAUCAUGGGUGAUAGACAGAGAUUGGGCGAAGAGCAUCCCUUACAGGUUGCUCGCUGCACGAAAAUCAUCAAAGGUAGUGGUGAAAAUGACGACUCCACGACGGAUAAUAAUAAUGACAGCGUCAACGGCAACAGUAAUAGCAAUCAAGAGUCUGCUGAUGUGGAUGAAGACGAUGAAGACGCUAAGUACGUGAUCAAUCUUAAGCAAAUUGCAAAGUUUGUCGUCGGACUAGGGGAACGUGUUUCCCCAACAGACAUAGAAGAAGGUAUGCGUGUGGGUGUUGACAGAUCAAAGUAUAAUAUCGAACUUCCAUUGCCCCCAAGGAUCGAUCCAUCAGUUACCAUGAUGACCGUCGAGGAAAAACCUGAUGUUACCUAUAGCGAUGUCGGUGGCUGUAAAGACCAAAUUGAAAAAUUAAGAGAAGUCGUCGAACUGCCCUUAUUAUCUCCAGAGAGGUUUGCCACUCUAGGUAUUGAUCCACCAAAAGGUAUAUUAUUAUAUGGUCCACCAGGUACCGGAAAAACGCUAUGUGCGCGUGCUGUUGCUAACAGAACUGAUGCCACCUUCAUCAGAGUCAUUGGGUCCGAACUGGUGCAAAAAUACGUUGGUGAAGGUGCUCGUAUGGUAAGAGAGCUAUUUGAAAUGGCACGUACCAAAAAGGCAUGUAUCAUAUUCUUCGAUGAAAUUGAUGCUGUCGGUGGUGCUCGUUUUGAUGAUGGUGCAGGCGGUGAUAAUGAAGUCCAAAGAACCAUGUUAGAACUGAUUACACAAUUAGACGGGUUCGAUCCUCGUGGUAACAUUAAAGUGAUGUUUGCCACCAAUAGACCUAACACUUUAGACCCUGCUCUGCUGAGACCUGGUAGAAUUGACCGUAAAGUAGAAUUUUCAUUGCCCGACUUGGAAGGUCGUGCUAAUAUUUUCCGUAUUCAUUCUAAAUCAAUGAGUGUGGAACGUGGCAUCAGAUGGGAACUUAUUUCAAGGCUGUGUCCAAACUCCACCGGUGCAGAAUUGAGAUCUGUUUGUACAGAAGCUGGUAUGUUUGCCAUCAGAGCAAGAAGAAAGGUAGCCACCGAAAAAGAUUUCUUAAAGGCUGUUGAUAAAGUGAUUAGUGGGUACAAGAAGUUUAGUUCAACAUCUCGUUAUAUGCAAUAUAAUUGA